AUGAGCGAAGCGCUCAGGAGCGAGGCGGGUGCGGAUAGCGCGCACCUUCCGCCCUUUUCCACCUUCGGCGAGAUGGCGGAGAACGAGCAGCGGAUCCUCACGGCCGACACGCGGCUCCUCGACCCCGCCUGGGAGUACUACGAGAGGACUGGAGACACUGUUUCGGUCAUCGCUAGCCAGCCCCAGUACCGCCCCUGGGAGUCCAUGCCGAUCACGGUCAACUCGAAGGACGCGAUACUACGCGCCGGGUUCUCGGCGCCACUCGAAUACCAGUCGGUCACGCUGCAACCGAUACCAAACAAGCUACCGUCCUUCCAGAGCCAGUUUCAAACGUUUCCGGAGACGACGGUCAUACCUGAGACGGGUCUGCCCAGUGUCACCCCCGUCCCGGUGACUUCGAGCCCCACUCCAAGCGCGAGUCCUAGUCAGUUAACCCAGCUCACGCAACUUACGCCGUCGUCGCCAGCCCACCUCACCACGCUGGCGCAAGUCACGCCGCUCUCCACCACCUUGACGACAUUAUCGCCCGUAAACGCUACAACAUUCCAUACUCUCACAGCGGUAAACGCCCGAAGUUACCCAAUUGUACCAGCUCCUAUCCAAGCCAGAGAACUAGCGCCAGCCGCUCAGACUUACAUCGAUGAUAGGCAUAUACAGCUAUACCAACCGAACAUAGCGACGAUAAACGCAUUCCCCACCCAGAACGGUAUACUCCAUCAGAAUGGAACUCUUCUUCAACAAAAUGGGAGUAUAAUCCACAAUAUCCAAAGUCCAACCGUCGUGCACGUGUUGAAAAAUGAGCCGUUCGAUGUAAAGGCUUUGCAGGACAAAUACACACCGAACGGGUUACACCAUAGUAAUUUCCAGAAUCCGAUGCUUAUAGACAACGGUUACGAAAAGAAGAGUAACGGGUUCAUUAGUGCGUCUUCCCCGACGCGGUCAGACUUCAGGAAGAAGGAGAGACGGAAAAUGAGAGCGAAUAGUUCAGAAUCGGACGGGUCGAACAUGGAAGUGGGGUCGGAGAGUAGUGGGCAGGUGGCCGCGGUUUCUUCGACGGCCGGCUUCAAAUCACCCAUGCAUGGGGCUCCGCCAAUGGCGUCGGGACCCAUGGAACUCGACGACAUCUCCAGCGAAAAACAGUGCUUCCCGUCACAGACAAAGAAGAAAAGAAAACGAUGCGGCGAAUGCAUCGGUUGCCAGAGGAAAGACAACUGUGGCGACUGCGCGCCGUGUCGCAACGACAAAUCGCACCAGAUCUGCAAGCAGAGGCGGUGUGAGAAACUAACAGAGAAGAAGUGCGUUGACGAAGAACCCUGUAAAGAAAUCAAGGGAGCCCCGACACGCCUCGGGGAUGACAAUACUAAGGACUCUAUGCCUUCUCAUAUCGGUAACCAUUCUGGCAUGACCCCAGCUUUGUCCCGUAUGUCCCCGCUAAUCACCCGAGCUGGGAAGCGGUAUCGCGGGUCGGGAGCUCCCUUCGCUCUGGCUAGGUUCUAUCAAGUUGGUUAUUGUGUGAUCCAACUGAUAGGUAAUUGCAGUUUUUAUGCACCGAUGUAG